CUUGAGUAUCUAUGAGUGGUUGUGCGCUGUGAUCUCCAUGUAUGAUGUUUUUUCAAGAGAUUUUCCAUAGCUUUAUAAAAUCCAAAGUUGAAGCUUCCUCGCACAAGAAAAUGAAAAACGAACCUGCUUCAGUUUCAGUAAACUUUUGCGUAGCUGCUUCUAGCUCUAUUCACAAGACCACUUUCACAUAAUCAAAUUAGAUUUUUUGUUCGUAUCAUACACGUGCUUCUUCAUCUUCUCGAGUAUUCUUUCAUUACAACUCUGAACUUUCCUCUCCUUGUGUUACUCAAUAUUUACUUCGGACUCGCUCGUUCGUGUCGCAAAGAAACACCAGAUCGCCCACCAUGGUCGUCGCAACAGACAACAAAUCGGAGCUGAUUGUCAACACGGCAGGCAAGAAACUCAUUUCUUUUGCCGAGGUGGAGCAGUUGAUGAAGAACUUCGAAGACAACUACAACAAGGGCGACUACGCCGGGGCGGUUGACGCCUACAAGAAAACCUGCGACGUGAAGGUGAACGGCGGGACGGAGUGCGGCGGGGUGUUUUCGGGGAAGACGAAAGACGAAUUUGCCGCUUUUUUGAAGUACAUGCGCGAGGAGUUGUAUGGAAGUGUCAGGUUUGCGAUCGACAAAGUUGAAAUCAUGAUUUGCCAUGCAUAAAAUGCCAGGCAUGAAGUGCCUGUGUUGCCGGGAUGGCAAGUGAGGCCGAUAAUUGUGAGCCUGUUUAGGGUUUAUUGACAUAGAGCUGCUAAACUAGCAUGACAAAAACAGUCUUCUGUGCUCAAACAGCAUGACAAAUUGGAUUCCGGUGCUCGGAAAAUUUGUCAUGCGCCGCUUGAUAAGUGGGCUUCCGACUGGUGUCGGUUUUAUGCAUGGCAAACUAUUUCAGCUUUGACGGUUUCGAUCCUGACACAUCCAUAAGUUGAAUGCGAAGGACAUGCAGUUUCUCGUCACGUCGGUGAAUUCCCUGAAAGCCAACGUGCACACGGACACCUUCACCACCACCGCGGGUGUUGGGAGCUGCGUGGCCACCUGGGCGUUUGAUGAGGAGCAGCAGAAGUGGGAAACUAUCAAGGACCAAAUCACGUUUGCCUUCCACGAGAAGCCGUUCAUCUCUCACGAGGUUGUGUGCGAAAAGAUGCUCGAAUUCGAACAAUGCUACAACAAGGGCGAUUUCCCCGGCGCGGCGAAGGCGUAUGCCGACAACUGUUUUGUCACGGUGAAUGGCGGGAAGGAGCAAAACGGGCCUUUCACUGGGAAGACUAAAGAGGAAUUCGAAGGGUUCUUGCAGUUUAUGUACGAAACGGUGGGCGCGAGGGACAUGCAUUUUACCGUCACCUCCGUGAAGGACAACGUGCACACAGACACUUUUGUCACCACGAAGGGCAACGGGGCCUGUAUCGCGAAGUGGGCACUGGUGGAGGAGGAGUGGAAAACGGUGCAAGAUCAGAUCACCUGGGUGCCGUUUGAGGAGGUGGACGAGGCGGCCGCGUAA